AUAUUCUGCCAUUAUAUUAGAGACUAGAGAAUCUCAGAUUUUAGUAUCCUUAAGGGAUCUAGAACCAAUUCCCUGAGAAUAUCAGGGAAUAAACUGGGUAGAAAAGGGUUUUAAUGACUGAUACUUCGGCCAAAUAACCUUCAGUCACUUAUGGAUUGACAUGUAUUACAGUCUGAUGCAAAGAAAUCUCUAAGCUUUCUUCUAUUAUAGGGUAGUCCCAGAUUAUUACCUGCCAGGCAUUGUUCUAAGAACCUUACACAAUAGUGCUCAUAAUUAUUCUAUAAUCCCUACUAGCGCCCACAACGUCCCUAUCUAUUUCCUCAUAUAUAGUUUGGGAAUGUCAGGCAUAGGAAGAUGAAGUAAUUUAUCAAGAUCCCCAGUUAGUGAUAAAGCCAGGAUAACCCUGUGUCUAACCACUAUGCUAGACUGUGAAUGUUGACUGGGAAGAAACAGAAAGGAAGAAAUUAGGGUAAAGUGGGGUCCCUGAAAUCAGGAACUAGAGUGUUUCUGGAAGUGGAGAGCAACAUAAGCCUGGUUGCUGAGAAGAGAUCAUGGAAAGUAGAAAGUGGUAACUUGGUGGCCAGGAGAGAAGGAAUCUCUGGUUAUUGUUGCAGGAACAAUCACAUUGGCUAUGCUAGCAAUUUACUGCCUACAAGAUGUUAAGGAUUUGUGUGAGAAGAGGACUAGAGUCAGGUGGAGAGAGCUUUCUUUCAAGUAGUUUGGCCUUGAGGAGAAAAGAAAGUGGCAAAUGGGGGGAGGGCAGCAACUACUCUCUCCAGGCUAGUGAUAUGUUUGAUGUUUCUGAGAGAGAUUGAAAGUCAUCCUUCCAGACUUCUAAGGGCCCUGGGGAAUCCAUGCUUUCCAACUGAAUUUUAGUGUCAUUUUUAUGCCAGUUUCUUAGGCAUGCUUUACAUCAGAAAGAAUUGAAGGCACAGCAGCAUCCUUCCUAAAUUUAACUAUUUAGUUCUAUUUCUCAUGAGCCAGGCGGAGACUGUAAUCUUUUCUUUCUUCUUCCCAUAACGCCUUCCCUGGAGUAGAAGUAAUGACAAGUUACUAACGGGUUAAAUUGGGGACAACCACCGAGAGAAACUUCCUAGAGAGACCAGGAAGUGGCUUUGGUUCCCACCAAGGCUUCCGGUGCCUCAGCCUCAACUUUUCUCCAGUGUCUGGGGAGGGAUCACUUUCACCUCAAGGACAUCCUCUGAGGAUACUCUUGGGACUGAGAGUGGGGUGCAAAAGAGGAUGCUGCAAAGGCGCGGACGGUAGAAGAGAUCUGUGCAGCUGUGCCACAUUGGCAUGAGAGGAGGGGACCACUUGCAAUUUUUCUGGCAAAUAGCGAUUUCCUAUCUUUCAAGAAUCCUUUGGAAAUAUACAAGUCACAACUAGAGUGAGGCCCGAAUACGGCCUUGGCUUAAGAUGGCUAGAGAACUGAGAAAAAAGGCAGCCCCGGACGCCCAGUCUGCGGAGGAGCAGACGGGGCUCCUGAUGGUAAAGGUGGAGAAGGAAGAAGCCUCCGCCGCAAGCUCACCCGGUAGCCCCGCUCUGAGCUCGGAGUGUUCCCGCCAGCGCUUCCGAGGCUUCCGGUACUUGGAGGCCCCGCGGCCCCACGAGGCACUGAGCCGGCUCAGAGAGCUCUGUCAACAGUGGCUGCGGCCUGACAUGCACAGCAAGGAGCAGAUCCUGGAGCUGCUCGUGCUGGAGCAGUUCCUGACCAUCCUGCCGGGAGCCCUGCAGAGCUGGGUGCGGGAGCAGCAUCCGGAGAGCGGGGAGGAGGUGGUGGUGCUGUUGGAGUAUUUGGAGAAGCAGCUGGAUGAACCGAUGCCGCAGGUCCCAGGUGGUGACCAGAGGCAAGAACUACUGUGUUGUAAGGUAGCACUGUUGACAACAGCUCAGGGGCCUCAAAGUAGCCAAUUCCAGCCAAUGAAAGCUCUGCUCAAGCAUGAAUCUCUGGGAUCUCAGCCCUUACAAGACAGAGUUCUCCAGGUUUCUGGGCUUGCGCAGGGUGGGUGCUACAGAGAAGAAGCAGUGGUGGCUUCCAGGCUCACCCCAGAACCCCAGGGGAUGUUGAAAAUGGAAGAUGUGGCCCUGACCCUCUCUCCUGGUUGGACACAGCGGGAUUCAUCUCAAGUGAACCAUGGCAGUCUGGUCCCUCUGGGUGGUGAGAUACAGACUAAGAUCAGGGACUUACCUCCAGCUGAGGAGCUUCCAGAAAAACAGCCUGGGCAGAUACUGUGCCACUUGAGUGAAGACACUGUCGCGAUACCUACAUAUGCUGAACCUGGUGAACAGGAGGGCAGGCUGCAAAGAAAGCAGAAAACUGCCACAGUGCGGAGGCGACAUUAUUGCCAUGAAUGUGAAAAGAGUUUUGCUCAGAGUUCGGGCCUGAGUAAGCACAGGAGAAUCCACACUGGAGAGAAACCCUACGAAUGUAAGGACUGCGGGAGGACCUUCAUGGGGAGGUCUGCCCUUGUCAUUCAUCAGAGAGUCCACACUGGUGAGAAGCCAUAUGAGUGUGAAGAAUGUGGCAAGGUCUUCAGUCACAGCUCCAACCUUAUCAAACACCAGACAACCCACACGGGGGAGAAGCCUUACGAGUGUGAUGACUGUGGGAAGACUUUCAGCCAGCGCUGCAGCCUCCUUGAACAUUACAAAAUUCACACCGGGGAGAAGCCAUACCAGUGUAACAUGUGUGGCAAAACCUUUAGGCGGAAUUCACAUCUCCUGAGACAUCAGAGGAUCCAUGGCAAUAAAAAUGUUCAGAAUCCUGAGCAUUGAGAGGCUUGGGAAAGUCAGGAUAGGAUGGAAAGCCAGUGGGAAAAUGUUGAAGCUCCUGUGUCCUAUAAAUGUAAUGAGUGUGAAAGAAGUUUCACUCAGAAUAGAAGCCUUAUUGAACAUCAAAAAAUCCACACUGGUGAAAAACCUUAUCAGUGUGACACAUGUCGGAAAAGGCUUCACACGAACAUCAUACCUUGUUCAACAUCAGAGAAGCCAUGUAGGGAAAAAAAUUCUGUCACAGUGACCCAUGCAUACGUGGCAAAUUUAGUGCCCAUGAAUCAUUAAACUGAAGCCACCCUACAGCCCUUACUGGUUAUAGAAUUUGUGGGCAUGGGGCUUUAUUACCACUCUACCUCAUCGGGUGUUAGAAAAUACUAUCUGGCUGAGAAGAAUUGUCUUCUGUAUUCUAGAAAGUGAUUGGGAAAAAGUUCUUUAAUAGGAGGUCAUGAGAGUGUUGUCUGGAAGAGGUAAGACCUGAAAUGGUUUGUUCUUUGGACUUAAAUGACCUUCCAGAAUGGCUAAUAUCCCUCAACCAACACUUUAUGAUGUCUCCUGGUUAGGUAGCUCUGAUUUGGGGAGCUGUUGCCCUGACCAUUCAUUUUGCCCAUAAUGAGUCCUUAAUAAUCCUUGGUCAGAUUCAUGAGGUUUUUUUAUCCCAUCCCCUUUGUGCCUUGCAUAUAGGUGCUAAGAAACAUUUAUUAGAUACCAGUAAAAUGACCUUCACAGCUCUGAAAAUCUAAUACUUUCUAGAUUUUUAACUUUUGCCAUUGGCAUUCAUGUCUAAUUCUCUGGGUUCUUAAUUGUGUCAAUCUAGUGUAUUUGUUGCCAACUACAUACUGUUGUCAGAGUUGGAGUGGGGGAAUCCUUACUUCUUCACCAGGAUAGUAUGUAUAGUAAGAAUGCCUUAAACAGCUUCUUUGUCAUUAAGACAUAUGAGACUGUUCAUCCACAGAACUCAAUUUUUUCAUCAAUGUUAAUUAUGUUAAUUUGCAUUAAUUUUGCUAUUCUUUAGGGAGAAAUCUUUCACAUUCAGGGAAAUAAAAAUCAGUUUCUCAAAUCAGUUCAAAAUGAUUAUGAAUUUUGAUAUAAAUUCUGUAAUGCUUAACAUCUUUAUCUUAGGCCUAACCAAGUGCUAAGACAUUGCCUGUGUCCUUCUUCCCCAUUUGUAGCCAACUAGGUAUCUAGGCUUAUGCCAACUAAACUUAAACUUCCUCCAGGUCAGAGGAAUCACACCAAAUAUGUAUAAUUAUUAUACACGGUUUAAAACUGCCCUGUCGCUUGGGGAUAGGAAGACCACGUUAGAGGCAGCUAGUAAGGAUAGCAGCCCAAAUACCGGUGGUAGGAGAAAAAUGUGUCUGUUGAGACACAUCGGAAAUCCUGAAAAGGAUUCUACGAUAUCCAAAUUAUUAACAUGUAGAGUCAAGAUUCAAACUUGGUAGUUAAUCCCAAGAAAUAUUUUGAUGUCUUCUGUUUUUACCCAAAUCAUCCUCAUUCUUUAAAGACUGUUUUUCUUCCCAGGUGCUUGAGUACAUAUUACCAGCUUCCAACAUUGCCAGACUCUGGCAUGAAUGGAUUCUGCUUCUGAUGAAAUUCAGUCACCAGCGUAGUGUUCUUGUCUAUUGUCAAAUAUCCUUUCUGGAUUCCUGCUCUGAAGUACCACAGGCUGACUAGGGACUUUCAAAACCAUACGGCUCUGCCUGUAUUAACUCCCUGCAAUCUUUUAUUAUCUUCAUUACCCCCCUUGUUUCAGUCUAAUUUAAAACUACUUUAGCUUUCCCAAGUUCUGUAGACUUUUCUCCAAUCUUUUUUAGGCUUUUUAAAAUUUCCUUUGAAAUUAACCUUAUUUUUGUUAUCUCCACAAAGCCAGCCACUUCUCCUUUAAGGUUUCAUUUUUCUAAAUAGUUGCUAAUAUUCACAAUCUUAAACACCCAAACUCAUUAGUAAACAACUCUGUUCAUUUUUCUUGGGUAUUUGUUUCUGAUGUUACAUGAAGAGAUAUGUGUGAAAGACUUUUACAAACCAGAAAGCAUUACACAAUAUAACUUAAUGGAUUAAAAAAGGACCACUGUGCCUCUUUUCAAUCUUUCUGCUCCUUCCAAACCUAAAAAUGUUUUCUCUGUAAGAGAGGGAAAUACUGUAAGAAAGUACUUUUGAGUGCCUGCUAUGCUAGACAGGGGAUGGGAGAAAGCCUCUAAUUAUCCAUGUGCAUGUGUGUGUGUACAUAUACAUGUAUGUACAUGCUUGGGCUUAGGCCUUUAGUACGAUAUGGUUGAUAAGACUAGCACACAAAUGUGCUGGUGUAAUGACUGCCUUGUAAGUGGUAAAGUGAGGCCUGUAGAAUUUCAGAGAAGGAAGAGAUUACUCCCAGCUGUUAUUACUACAUAGACGAGAUGUCAUGUUAAAAGAGCUGAAAAGAUUCACAGCAAACUUUGUCAAAUUUAGCAAAUAAGGAGUUUGAUGAGAUAGGUAGAUUGCAGGGGCCUUCCGUGCCAGAACAAGGAGUUUAAACUUUUUUCAAUCAGGAAGCCACUCACUUUUUAUAAUCAAAGUAUUAUCUUGGAAGCUUUAUCUGGCAGUAUUGUGUAAUUUCAAAUAAAAAAAUUAUUUCACUGAUAGUCUUUUAGUUGCCCCAUUUCUGUAGAAAACAAAGGUGAGUUUAUAAAUAAGGAAUUUAUAAAAUGGAUGUAUCUCUAGCCUAUAGGAAAGGAAGGUCAAAGUUACUUUCAGAUGAAAUCAGACCUAGUAAACUACUUGUUAAGAUAUAAGCAAUAUGUAAAGUAUAAUAAAAUGCCACUUUUCAUGCUUUCUUAAAUUGACUUUAGGAAUUUUCAUGUUGACUCACUGGCCAUUCUAUUUCAUUUCACUGAAGCAAUGCAGACAUCCUCUAUUUUCUUUUUUCUUCCUUUGCUUGAAUAAAUCGGUGGUUAUAGCAUUUUUUCUACUUGGGUAGAAUGAAUGGUUAUAAUGAAAAGAACUUUUGAUGAAUAGUCCUGCAAAAAGACUUUCUCUGCUUCUCUCUUUAGUAGGAAAAAAAAAAAAAAGGAAAGAGUGACAAACUCACCUCAGAGUUUUGAGGAUCUCUUAUAUCAGUAAGAAGUGCUAUGUGAAUAGUCUGAAGAUGUUAAUACUUGAUAAAGAAAUGAAGAUUGUACCUUUUGCUAGUUGAAGCUUCGAUGUAAUGCAAUUAUAAUAGUUUAAUAAUAAAGACUAUAUUUUACAAGGGUCCUGUAACUACAUUACGGUAUUAACUUCCCAAAUCUAUGUGGUACCAUCUCCUCAGUUAUUCAUGAUGUGGAUUUGAACCAGUAAGUAAACUUAGUUUAUCAUCUUUUCUCUAAACACUCUUUUUAGUCCAUAUUUUGUUUUUCCUCAUGUUAGUCAAAAUUAGGUCUUACGGAUUCAAAUGAGGAAACUUUUUUUCCAGUCAGCUUUGUAUAAGUAGUAUCUAUUUUGUACAUUUCAAAUGGAAUUGCUACUACAGAAAUUCUUCGGGAUGACUACUUUCUUGUGAAUUUUAUUUAUUUUAUUUUUCUAUUUUGGCCAGGGCUGGGUUUGAACCCACCACCUCUGGCAUACGGAGCUGGUGCCCUACUCCUUCGAGCCACAGGCACUGCCCUUUCUUGUGAACUUUUUUGGUCAAUGUAUCACUUUCCCUUAUUAUAGAAAUAUCCUUUCAUUUUUGUAUGUAUUCAUACCUCUCACUUGGUUUCUCUGGCUGUAGCAGUCCUUCUUUAAUAACAAAAUUAACCUAAGACCCUGGAGUUCAGACAUAGCAAGAUUUCCUAGUCUCUUUUCCCAAUUAAUGAUUGAACACUGUGAUCUAUUCCUACCUAUUCUACGUAUUUUGUUAAAUCUGAUCAUUAUUCAAAAUCCUCCACACACCUUUCCAAAUUCCAGUUUUGAUUGCAAUUUCUAAGGUUGGUACUUCAAGGUUUUCAGGGAUCUAGGAAAACAAUCCUAAUGUAACUUAUUUGUAUACAAGUAAUAAACCAUAUGAUUAUA